UAAGUCAUGAAUUGGCUGUUGAUUAGCUUAUUCUGAGAAUGCGAGCCUCUUAAUCAAAUGGCAUGUAGAGAAACAUUGAAUGGGUUAAAGAUCAGGAUGUCGGUUAUAAAUCAGCCUGUUGAACCGGGCCUCUGCUUCUGUCUAAUAAUAUCACAGCUUUUCUCUUUCCCCUUGCUUCCAAGAAGAAGGAUCUUUCAAUUCUCGCCGGCGAGGCGAUGGCGGCAACGAGGGAGCAGUACUUGUACAUGGCCAAGUUGGCGGAGCAAACGCAUCGGUACGAGAAUAUGAUGGAUUAUAUGGAGAAGGUCGCUUUGGCGGCGACGGUGGAGGAGGAGCUCACGGUGGAGGAGCGCAACCUCCUUUCGGCGGCUUACAAGAACGUCAUCGACGCCCUUCGCAAGUCCUUGGGUACCAUCUCAUCAAUCGAGCAGAGUCAGGAGAACCAAGGCAACAGCAACCGUCUCACCGCCAUCCAAAGCUUUCGCGUACGAAUCGAGACCGAGUUUUCAUCAACCUGCGGACGCAUCCUCGACUUCAUCGAGACCACCCUCAUACCGAAAUCUCCCAGCAAUGCCUCCAAGGUUUUGUACCUUAAGAUGAAGGGCGAUUACUACCGCUACCUGGCUGAGGUCAAGAUUAAUGGACAUGAACAGCACAACGACAUCGUCGAGAAAGCUUUAUCUUCCUACGAGAUCGCUCAGGAAGCUGCUCGGGCAGAAUUCCCACCUACACAUCCACUUCGGCUUGGUGUGGCACUAAAUUUCUCGGUGUUCUACUACAAGAUUCUAUAUUCUCCAGUAAAGGCUCAUAGUAUAGCCAAGCAGGCCUAUGAUGAAGCAGAUUUAGAGCAGGAUACACUUCAAGAUGAUUCGUUCAAGGAGAGCGCUGAGAUUAUGAAGCGUCUGCAUGGGAACCUCGACAUAUGGACAUCAGACAUGGAGGAGGGGGAGACUGAACAAGAUCAGUGAAAAGAUCAAACCUGAUGCCGGAGUAGUACAUUGAUUUUAAAAAUUAGCUGUUUGAUUCAUUGAACACUGCUUUUUUGAUUUUUCAAAAUGGAAACAAACUGAGAUGAAGAGUUCGCAUAGAAUUCGGCAGUUUUAAAAUCAGUAUAUGAAGUGGGGUUAUGAACUCACCUCCUCGUGUUAAAGCUUUCUUACCUUCA